UAUUACAUCCUGCCUGAGUUUCAGGUCACAUGACCAAGGUCAAAGGUCAUUUAGGGUCAAUGAACUUACAUUAUGCUGGGGUAAUCAAAUAAAGAUCUUAACAAAGGUUAAGGUUUUUAAAUAUAACUCUGAAAGUAUAUGGAUUUAAUUCAUGAAACUUGGACAUAAGAGUAAUCAAACAGUGAACAUCCUGUGUGAGUUUCAGGUCACAUGACCAAGGUCAAUGAACUUUGGCAGUGUUGGGGUAUUUAUUGAAUUGCCGUCAUAACUUUUUAAGUUAUGGAUCUAGUUCAUGAAUUGUGGACAUAAGGGUAAUCAAGUAUCACUGAUCGUCUUGCACAAGUCUUCGGUCACAUGAUCAAGGUCAAAUGUCAUUUAUGGUCAAUGAACAUAGAGUAUGCUACUAUAUCGAAUCGUGUAAUGCAGGCAAGACUGCCAGAGGUGCUCCAUUUGUAUUUAAAUAAAAUUUAUCUAUUCUGUAAAACAGGUGAUGCAUUUUUUUUUGUGGGUCAGCGGAACUGUGUGCAUGCGGGGUAACUUUGGCAUUGUGGUCUAAACUUACUCUGCUGCGCCCCAUUGGUUUAAACCAUGCCAAAGUAACCUUGUGCAGUACAGACCCACUUUACCCCACAUGAUAACGCUGACCUUCUGUAUUCCAGCAUACGUGUACCUCUGUGUAUAGAUCAGUGCCAACAUUGACAUUCAGAAAUCUUAUUUUAUUUUUCCAUCUUUUUUUGGUGAAAAAGAAAUUUAAUUGAUUUUUUUGCUUAAAUGUUUCUGCAACUUAAGCAACCAACUACAUAGAGUCUAUGCAAAAGUAGUUAGAGUACAUGGCUUGCCCUCUUUCAAUGAGAGCUUGUGAAUUCUUAUAAAUGUAAUCAUGAUAGCAAUGAAAUGUGCUUUGCUUAUCAGGUAAUUAUUUUAACUCCAUGAAAAUAUUGAUUGUAAUUGGUUGUCAAGUAAUGUGACCACAGUAGUUGCCAUAAUGCAAAAGUUGUAAACCAGUAUGUACAUUGUAACUCUUUAUAAAUUUGUGUUUUUCCUAUCAAAAUGUUUGAGCAUUGGGAAAUAGGCAUUUUGAAUGAAAAGCAAACAUGUUCACCUUGUAUGGGAGAUUAUUUCCAACCUUUGUUUUUCCUUGUUUUAAAUCUGUUUAGCCUAUGGAUGUAUCUUAUCGAUCUCUGCAAGAAUUUACAGUGAUGGCUCAGACUCCCUAUUCAACCUAUCGACCCUCCUCCCGACGUUCAUCAUCUAAAAAAGCAAGGAAGGAUGCUACUGUUAUUCAUUUUGAAAAUGCAGACAUUCCAAGUGUAUUUGUAGAAGAUGAUGUAGAUGAAGGACCUCCAAUCCCAACAGUCAAUGAGAGACUUGGUCAUCUAAGACCAUCCAGAGAACUUCUUGAGUAUUACAGAAGAAAAAUAGCUGAGUUUGAUGGAGAACAUCAAGAUAUGAUGAAGAAACUGGAUCAAUAUAAGACCACAUAUGAACGACAGCACAAAAUGCAGUGGGAUUUACGACAGCGUGAAGAAGAGAUUGCAGAGCUGCAGAAGGCUCUUAGUGAUAUGCAGGUAUAUCUCUUCCAAGAAAGAGAGCAAGUACUCAGACUGUAUGCCGAGAAUGACAGAUUAAAAAUUAGAGAGCUUGAAGACAGGAAAAGGAUCCAGCACCUGCUUGCAUUGAAUGGUCCAGGUGAACCUGAGGUAACCUAUUUCCACAAGGAACCACCAGCUAGGGCUGUAGUAAAGCAGCAUCAUCCUACCAAGAGAUAUCCACAUCCAGAAGGUGAGAAGCUUGGUUUACAAUCUGUCAUGCCCCUUCAGAGUAGUUCAACAGCCAAUGUGAGAGCAGCAGUAUCUAGACCAACCUCUGCUAAACCAGCAAAGAAGAACCUCACUAAUAAGAAGAAAUCCAACGAGAAUGUAGACAUAAAGGAAAAACAAGAUGUAGAAGUAUUACUGCUUCAGAUUGAAGCUUUACAGAGUCAGAUGGCAGACCAAGCAAGAGUAUCAAAAGACCAGGUAGAUGCAUUGAUAGAAGACAGGAGAGUAAGAAUGGAAGAGAUGCAGACAGUGAUAGAAAGAGAUCAAAGUAAAGUACAAGCUUUAGAAGACAGACUCCAUCAAACUCAGAAUCUCCUGUAUGACAGCACAAGGGAUUACCUGCAGUUGAAGUAUGAGAGCCGAGCAGAGGAAAAGAGAUGGAUGGGAGAGAAAGAUAAACUCCUCCAAGAACUUGAUAGAUGUAAAGAACAAUUGAAUGUAUCUAAAGAUGAUGUUUUACAUGUAUCUGAUCAUGCACUGGAGCAGAGACAAGCUCAAACCAUAGAGAUUGAGGCUUUAGAGAAUCAGCUUCAACAAGCUCAGAAGCUGAGUGAUAUGUAUAGAGAACAAGUGAUCACUUUAGAAUCUGAGUUAGCAGCUAUCAGAGAGAAAGAAGAUGUUAGUAAAGAAGCUUUUAAGGGACGAACAGAGAAACUUAGUAGACGUCUUCAGCUGAUGAAUCAGAGAUAUGAGGCUCUUGAGAAGAGACGUAAUCUAGAGGUAGAAGGUUUCAAGAAUGAUAUCAAAACUCUUAGGGGUAGACUCAAAGAUGUAGAGAAACAACUAUUCAAGGUGACCCUUGGAUUUGGUGAGGAUGGUGAUAUGAGAAUGCUUCGUGAUGUUCAUACAACAGCAAAGAAAUCUAAAGAAAUGCAAGGAGAAUUACACAGACUUAAAGCAAUGAUCUAUGGCAUGGAAAAUGACAUCAGAAGAUUAUAAUAACUAGAAAGAAGCGAGUGGUAGAAUUUGUGUUAAAAUUAUCUAGAUAUUGGUUGUGAUGAGUAACUAGUGCCUAGACUGAGAGAUGAAAACAGCUACUACACAAAGCAGAUAUACUUGAAAUGUAUUACUGAAUUGUCUCAUAUUGUAUGACUUCAAAUCACACUUGAACUAUAAUAAUAUAAAUAAUAUAUCAACUUGGGAGUUCAAGUGUGUUAAACACAUAACUGUAUUGGUUAGAUCAUGUUCAGAGGAAACACUGCUAGGUAUUCAUCAAUCAGAUUACACCUUAGAUAUGUAUGCAGUGGUGCUUGAGCAUGACUUCAAUUAUAUCUGAUUCCCUCAGGUUUAUUAAGUUGCAAAUUUGAAAGUAAAGGGUCAGCGAACGGCAUGGUAAAAAAAAUGUGCAUGCCGGCAAAGUGACGAAAUUUGUUGAAGGGGGUCAAAUUGACCCCCCUCAAACUUAGGGUUAAGUUUAAUCAUUCAUAAUGGCUGACCUUGUAGACGACAGAAAUUACUCUGACUGAACAGGAAUAUGAACUCAGACCAUAAAUCCAAUGCUCUAACUAACCUCAUCAUCCAUUGUUUUGAUAUGAGGGCGAAUUAUGUUAAUGAUCCAUGUCAUUUAUUUUAAAUAAUCUAAAUACAAUAUGCACAUCAUUCUGUAUGUAACACAGAAUCGCCUGAGAUGUGUUUAAUGGAACUUUUCCUUAGGUUACUUGUGCCCUGGUUUUAUAUCAUCUUAUUUCAUAUUAUCUACCUAUUAGAAAAUAGAAGCUACACUUCAUUUCUGGAACCCAUUUCAUAAAGAGUUACAGCUAUUAGUAUCCCGUAAUUAGUAACCAUCUGGAAUAAAGUUAUUGGAAAUGGUUUUUUGACUGAUUUGAGUAGGUAUAGGUGUCAACAUUUACCAAAAAAAGCUAGGAGGAAUACGGGUUGGGGAAAGUGCUUUUUUUCAAGGUCAAAGGUCAAUGACCCUUUUAAAUAUACUGUAUCAUGAUAUCUCCCAGAUAAAAUAUUACAGGUUGGUGAUCAUGGUGUCAAAAUGCACAGAUUCUUACAAGAGGAUCAAAUAAAAAAAUUAAGUACCUACAAUGCUCAUUCACCCAUGAAAUUCAAGGUCAAGGCCUUUCAAAGGUCAAUUACCUUUUUUUUUUACAUAAUAUACCAUAUACGGUAUAAUGGUAUCUCUGAGAUGAAAAGGUGCAGGUUGGUGAUCUUCGUGUCAAAAUGCACAGAUUCUUACAAGAAGAUCAAAUGAAAUCAGAUCAAGUACCUACAAUGCUCAUUCACCAAUUGUACUAGAAUUCGCACAUGUAUAAUUGCCAUAUUUAUCUGACUCUGACCUUCUGACCUUUACUUAAUUUUCACUGAUAUUUUGGAAAGGGUUCAUUGACCUCUGACCCCUAAAUACAUUCUCCAUGACCUUCAUUAUUUCACACUGAAAUCAUGAAACCUCCAUGUUUUCGUAAAUAAAGAGGCUUUAAUAGGAGGUAAUAAUAAUUUGUGAACAAAUUUUCGGCAUUACUCCUAUGUGUAUUAAGAUCGCAUGCUCGAUCUUUAAUGAAAAUCAUAAGUCAGAAAAAAUUGGAACCAGUGGGAUUCGAACCUGUCAUCUACUGCUUGCCGGGCAGCGACUCAACCACCAGGCUAUUCUGGUUCACGGCUAAGUCACGAUGAACUUGAAUACAAAUACCCUCUAUCCUCUUCUUUCUGACUCAUUGAUAUAUGUACAAAUGCUGUCCGCCGUGGACAAUAGAUAGUAAAUAAAGAGGCUUUACUAGGAGGUAAUAAUAAUUUGUGAACAAAUUUUUGGCAUUACUCCUAUGUGUAUUAAGAUCGCAUGCUCGAUCUUUAAUGAAAAUCAUAAGUCAGAAAAAAUUGGAACCAGUGGGAUUCGAACCUGUCAUCUACUGCUUGCCGGGCAGCGACUCAACCACCAGGCUAUUCUGGUUCACGGCUAAGUCACGAUGAACUUGAAUACAAAUACCCUCUAUCCUCUUCUUUCUGACUCAUUGAUAUAUGUACAAAUGCUGUCCGCCGUGGACAAUAGAUAGUAAAUAAAGAGGCUUUACUAGGAGGUAAUAAUAAUUUGUGAACAAAUUUUUGGCAUUACUCCUAUGUGUAUUAAGAUCGCAUGCUCGAUCUUUAAUGAAAAUCAUAAGUCAGAAAAAAUUGGAACCAGUGGGAUUCGAACCUGUCAUCUACUGCUUGCCGGGCAGCGACUCAACCACCAGGCUAUUCUGGUUCACGGCUAAGUCACGAUGAACUUGAAUACAAAUACCCUCUAUCCUCUUCUUUCUGACUCAUUGAUAUAUGUACAAAUGCUGUCCGCCGUGGACAAUAGAUAGUAAAUAAAGAGGCUUUACUAGGAGGUAAUAAUAAUUUGUGAACAAAUUUUUGGCAUUACUCCUAUGUGUAUUAAGAUCGCAUGCUCGAUCUUUAAUGAAAAUCAUAAGUCAGAAAAAAUUGGAACCAGUGGGAUUCGAACCUGUCAUCUACUGCUUGCCGGGCAGCGACUCAACCACCAGGCUAUUCUGGUUCACGGCUAAGUCACGAUGAACUUGAAUACAAAUACCCUCUAUCCUCUUCUUUCUGACUCAUUGAUAUAUGUACAAAUGCUGUCCGCCGUGGACAAUAGAUAGUAAAUAAAGAGGCUUUACUAGGAGGUAAUAAUAAUUUGUGAACAAAUUUUUGGCAUUACUCCUAUGUGUAUUAAGAUCGCAUGCUCGACCUUUAAUGAAAAUCAUAAGUCAGAAAAAAUUGGAACCAGUGGGAUUCGAACCUGUCAUCUACUGCUUGCCGGGCAGCGACUCAACCACCAGGCUAUUCUGGUUCACGGCUAAGUCACGAUGAACUUGAAUACAAAUACCCUCUAUCCUCUUCAUUCUGACUCAUUGAUAUGCAAAUGCCGUCCGCCGAUCAUGAUCAUGAUCAUGAUAAAGAGGCUUUAAUAGGAGGUAAUAAUAAUUUGUGAACAAAUUUUCGGCAUUACUCCUAUGUGUAUUAAUAUCGCAUGCAUGUGCCUUUUCAUCUCAGAGAUUCCAUUAUACAGUAUGGUAUAUGAUGUAAAACGGUCAUUGAGCUUUGAAAAGCUUUGACCUUGAAUUUUAUUGGUGAAUGUGCAUUCUAGGUACUUAAAUUUAUUUUAUUUGAUCUUCUUGUAAGAAUCUGUACAUUUUGACACCAUGAUCACCAGCCUGUACUUUAUCAUCUCAGAGAUACCAUUAUACGAUAUGGUAUAUAAUGUAAAAAAAGGUCAUUGACCUUUGAAAGGCUUUGACCUUGAAUUUUAGUGGUGAAUGUGCAUUCUAGGUAAUUAAUUUUAUUCUAUUUUAUAUUCUGGUAAGAAUUUGUGCAUUUGACACCAUUAUCACCAACCUGUGCCUUUCGCUCUCAGAGAUACCAUUAUACAGUAUAUAUGAAAAGGUCAUUGACCUUUGACCUUGAAAAACCCGUAUUCCUCCUAACUUUUUUUGGUAAAUGUUGACACCCAUACCUACUCAAAUCAGUUGAAAAACCAUUUCCAAUAAUUUUAUUCCAGAUUGGCUAUUUUGGGGUCUAAUUUAGGGAUAAUAUAUGCAAACUCUGUCAUUAUGAUAACUACCAUGGUAACGGGGCUCAAAAUCCAAUCACUAUCAAGGUUACCAUGGUAGCAACCAAAGUUGUAAAUCAUUAUGAAAGGAUUCCUCUGUAACACACAGCUCAGUAAUUGAUCAUAUAGUUGAUGUGUAUGCUUAAUUGCACGUAAUGAUCAGUGUCAUCAAGCAUCAACCUUAUGAUGAAAUCUUUUGUUACAAGUCCCUAGCGUACACAACUAAUGGUUGGCAAUCUAUGCUAUAGUCAAAAUAAGAGGAUAUUCAUGCUGAAUAUAUUAUGUUAAGAUAAGCUGAAGUACGGUGUAAGUUCAAGAUAUUCAUAUUUACCAUUAGAAAGAAAGUUAGAAUUAAUGAUUGAUUAAGCUCAGUAAGUUCAGUUCUCAAUUACAACCCCAGUGCUGAGAAAUUCAAUAAUUUGAUUUCCAAUUUUGUACUCCUGAAUACAGAUAUAUAAAGCUUACCAAUAAAUAUGUAAUGCAGCCCCAUGUCUUUCAUAUAGUGAAGAUACGGUACAUGUUAGGUCAAAUAUAUAUAUAUAUAAACUGAAUAAAUACAAUUCAUGUACAGUGUAGAUAUUGUCUGACAUUUAAAACAUGUAAAAGUAUUGUGACCAAUUUUUAAACAUAAACAGCUUUUGAAACAAACUUUGUUAUAAAUUCAUUAAUUCAGUGUGAAUGCUGUUUUUAGAGUUUAAUGGGCACUCUGGCCUUAGAUGAUUAUUGAUCAAAUAAAUUACUCGCCAACAAUUA